CAGGAGUGGGCGCGUCCUUGUCCUCCGUCCGAGGCGCCCACAGUCUCAUUGGACUUCACUUCCCAGAGGCCUCGGCCGGGGCAGCCAAUGGUGGAGGAUCCUGGGAAAUGAAGUGUUGAGGCCUGAAGGCCUAGCGCUUGUGGGGCGGGAGAGGCAGAAGUGGGGAUGCCUUCCGCGGCGGAGCGGGAGGAGGGCGAGGCCCGGCCGCGGCGGCUGUGCGGCUACCUGGGGCACCUGUCGGGCCGGGGCCGGGGCCGUGCCUUCCGGAGCCGCUGGUGGGUGUUCGAGCCGCGGCGCUGCGCCCUGUACGCCUUCCGGAGCCCCCGCGACGAGGCCCAGGCGCCCCUGGCCAGCCUCGACGUGGCCGGAGCCGCCUUCGCCGCGUACCCAGGGCCCAGGCCCGGCCCGGCCCCGCACGACGGGGACGGGGAGGCCGCGGAGGAGGAGGCGGCGGCGGCCCACGACGAGGCCGGGCCCACCGCCUUCGAGCUGCACGCGCCCGGCGGGGAAGUCGCCGUCCUCAAGGCAGCCACGCACCAGGACAUGACGUACUGGUUGCAGGAACUCCAGCAGAAGCGGUGGGAAUAUUGCAACAGCCUGGAUGCAGCCAAGAGGCUCAGCCGCACCUCCCCGACGCCGUGCGACUCCUCCACGGGACUGGUGGCCAAAGACAAGGCUGAUGUGAAUCUUCUGCCCGCAAAUGCCUCUGCGGAGAGAGCCAGGAACGUCCUUGCGGUGGAAGCGGUGCCCACGGAGCUGGUGGGAGAGCAAGCCGCCUGCCACCCGGCCCCCGGACAGCCCAGUGCCAUUAACUUCUCCCUCAAGCAAUGGGGCGCUGAGAUCAAGAAUUCUGUGUCUCACCUGAGGCCUGGGAAAGGGAGCGGCGAAAACCGCCGGAGCGUCUUCUACACCGAAGAGUGGGAGAUGCUGGACCCCACGCCAAAGGAGCUGGAGGAGUCGAUGGCUCACGAGGAGAAGAGGAAGCCUGCGGCAGAACCCAGCAAAGGCCUGAGCGGUGCGGCGUUCCCGUUCGAUUUUGGCCGCAUUCCCCACAAAACCAGGCGCCCCUUGAAGGACAUGAUUGGGCCCGGCAGGAACCGGAACAGCGCGGCAGAGUCUCCUCCCGUCGAGUGGAACGGGAGCAAGUUCGCGUCCGAAAUGCAGCUGAAGUUCCAGAGCCAGCAGGAGGAGCUGGAGGCCCUGAAGAAGGAGCUGGCCAGCCAGAAGGAACUGGUGCGGCUCCUGCAGCAGACGGUCAGGUCCUCCCAGUACGACAGGUACUUUGCCGGCCACCUCUGCCAGGACGGGGCCGCCAAAGAGAAGCUGGAGCUGCUCCACCAGAAGGACGGCCAGAUCCUGGGCCUCAACAACCAACUGGAGAGGCUGGCCCUGGAGAAGGACAGCCUGCAGGCCGAGCUGCGGGCCCUGAAGGGCACGGUGGGCGAGCUGAACGAGCGGCUGGGCAUGCUGAUGGAGACCAUCCAGGCCAAGGACGAGGUCAUCGUCAAGCUCUCCCGGGAGCUCAGCGAGGGAGGGGCCUCUGAGCCUCAGGGAGGGCCCGCGUCCAGCCCCCCGCCUCCCUCCACAAACAGAGACCCAGAGGAGCUCAACAGGCUGAAGGACAGCCUUCAGGGUUACAAGACCCAGAACAAGUUUCUCAACAAGGAGAUCUUGGAGCUCUCGGCCUUGCGGAGAAAUGCCGAAAACAGGGAACGAGACUUGAUGGUCAAGUACACCAGCCUGGAAGCCAAGCACUGCCAAGUGGAGAGCAAGUACCUGAUCCUGCUGCAAGAGAUGAAGGCGCCCGUGUGCUCCGAGGAGCAGAGCCCUCGCCACGAAGUGGUGGCCCAGCUCCUGGAAGACGCCUUGCGGGCCGACACCACCGAGCAGCCAGAGGUCUUCAAGCCCCACACGGUCAGCGAGUACGACAUCUACGGGUUCCGGACGAUCCCGGAGGAGGCGGAGGAGGAGGAGGAGGAGGAUGCGCGGCUGGAGGCCAAGGUGCGGGCGCUGGACCUGAAGUCGCUCUCGCUGGCGGAGCACCAGGAGAUGUCGGUGGGCGUCAAGUGGGAGAACUUCCUGGCCGGGACCCUGCACCGGGAGAUGGCGCGCUCGCCGGAGCUGAAGCAGCUGGUGCGCUCGGGGGUGCCGCACGCCCACCGCUCGCAGCUGUGGAAGUGGUGCGUGGGGCUCCAGGCCAAGAAGGUCCGGGCCAGCGCCGACCCGGGCUACUUCCAGGGCCUGCUCCAGAACGCCCUCAAGAAGCAGAACCCGGCCUCCAAGCAGAUCGAGCUGGACCUGCUCCGCACGCUGCCCAACAACAAGCACUACUCCUCCCCGGCCUCCGAAGGCAUCCAGAAGCUCCGGAACGUGCUCCUCGCCUUCUCUUGGCGCAACCCCGACAUCGGCUACUGCCAGGGGCUCAACAGGUUGGCGGCCAUUGCGCUCCUCUACUUGGAGCAGGAGGACGCCUUCUGGUGCCUGGUGACCAUCGUGGAGGUCUUCAUGCCCCGGGACUAUUACACCAAGACUCUGCUGGGCUCCCAGGUGGACCAGAGGGUCUUCAAGGACCUGAUGGGCGAGAAGCUGCCCCGCCUGGCCGCCCACUUUGAGCUCCACCGGGUGGACUACACCCUCAUCACCUUCAACUGGUUCCUGGUGGUCUUCGUGGACAGCGUGGUCAGCGACAUCCUCUUCCGGAUCUGGGACGCCUUCCUCUACGAAGGGCCCAAGGUCAUUUUCCGGUAUGCGCUGGCGCUCUUCAAAUACAAAGAGGAGGAGAUCCUAAAGCUGCAGGACUCCAUGUCCAUCUUCAAGUACCUCCGGUACUUCACCCACACGGUCCUUGACGCCAGGAAGCUGCUGGGCAUUGCCUUUGGGGACCUGAACCCUUUCCCCUUGCGCCAGAUCCGCAACCGCCGGGCCUGCCACCUGGAGAAGGUGCGCCUGGAGCUGCUGGAGCUGGAGGCCAUGCGGGAGGACUUCCUGCGCGAGCGCGAGACCCACCCGGAGAAGAGGGACCUCAUCAGCGACGACGAGGAGGACGCCUAGCGCGGGAGGGGCCCGGCCGCCCCGUCCCCCGUCCCCCCUCCUUCAAAGCCAUAUCGCAGGGGCGCUCCCUCCUCCCGCCCUGCAGCCCGCAAAUGGGAAUCCGCCGGGCGGACGUCUUCUCAAGAGGCCUUUCCUUGCUUUGCACAGAGCACUUCGCUGACUGCAGCUGAGCUGCCUUGUUGGCUCUCUCUCUCUCUGACUCUCCUCCUGUGUCGCAAGCAAGCCCCCACUUCCUAAACCUUGCCCUGUUUUGCACCACGUUCUCAACGGUUUCUCACCUUCGAGUGUUUCAGCCCCUGUCUCAGCCUUUGGUUGCUUGAGGGCCUAUUCUAGUCCAAAUAUUGACUUGUAUUGAGAGUAUAUAUACACAUACUUCAGGUCGGGGAGGAAAAUACGUUGAGGAGGCUUCCUGGAGCCAAAUCUUUUUGCCAAACCUCUUAAGAAAGAGGAGGAGCGAGAGCACACUUUGUGCCAAAGGAGAGGGGUGAGGCGUCCGAAGAAGCCAAUCCUCUCUCUCUGAAGACCAGUCAUUUCCAAACUGCAACCUACAGGGAAGAUUUAUUAUCAUCAGAAUCUGACUCUUGCGGCAAAGAGAACUUGUUCCCCUACCACGUCAUUGUUGUGUGAUGGCCUGAUGCUGUGAAAGGAGCAGCGCUGGCUGGUCCAAAAUGAACCCAAGUCUGGAGACAGGACCACAAGCCCCUGCAAAAAGGACAGUAGGAUGACGUGGAAACAACCCUACAUACAGAUCAGGCAUAGGCCAACUUUGGCCCUCCCUCCAGAUGUUUGGGCUGUUAGGAGUUGUGGGAGUUGUAGUUUGGAGUUGGCCCGUGCCUGGGGCAGAACCCUUCCUUGCACCUGGAUGCGGAUUGAGCCUCUCCCUCUCCUCCGUCCUGGACCAAACGCAGAGAGAAAGAACGAAAGAAAGAAAGAAAGAAAAGCUCGGAGAUGUGAAUGAAUGACGGGAGACGGGCCUUUCCUUACGGACCAACUCUUCCCUUUUGGGGCCUUUUUGGGGCGUCGCUUCUUUCUACAGAAUCCCAAAAUGUGUUACAUAUCAUAUAUGCGACUAUUUUAUGCAUGUCCUGUUUUAAGUAUUAGCUUCGGCUUCUUUGGGCCGGAUCCUCAGCCGCACAGAGACACGGAUCCUGCAGCCACGCAGCUCACAUUUGCUGAAACGGCACAGUGUGUGCGUGUGUGUGUGUGUGUGUGUGUAUAUAUAUAUAUAUACACACACAUACAUACAUAUAUACAUAUAUAUACAUACAUGUAUAUAUGUGUGUGUAUAUAUAUGCACACACAUAUACAUAUACAUAUAUACAUGUAUAUGUAUAUGCGCACACACAUAUAUAUAUAUAUACACACAUGUAUAUGUAUAUGCACACACACACACACACACACAUAUCAAUGCAAAAAUCCGGUUUGCUGGGCACAACGAACACCUGUUUUGCACAAAAUCCUGCUUUUCCUGGAGGGGCUUCCUAGAGAAGGUGUUUCCAGGCUUGGAUUCGAAAUGCUGUUUCCCGUUAAUAUUUUGCUGGAUUUACCUUUGUACGUAUUGCCGUUGUGUUUCCUUGUCUCUCUCUCCCGAAGGAAGCCAAGCGGGUCUCUCUCCUCAGUGUUUUUAUACUCUCCUAUCUCUUUUUGUACAGGAAAUCUUUCUUGUUGGAAACAAGGUGUAAUGCAAUGAAAAGGUUGCCGUCUUGAAGCACAACCUGGUUUUGCCAGGAAUUGUUGCACUGCAACUCCGGCAAUAAAAACAAUUUUCUAUG